AAGAUACAUGUAGCCUUACCGCACUGAACGACUGUAUACAAUCAGAGGGUAAUGGAACGUUGGACAGGACGCGUUGCCUUAGUAACAGGAGCCUCCCUCGGUAUAGGUGCUGCCAUCUGCCGAGCACUGGUGAAGAACGGUAUGGUGGUCGUUGGAUGCGCCAGACAUUUGGACGCUCUUCAGAAAUUAGCAAAGGAAUUAGAAGAGGAAAAGGGAAAGUUCAUCCCCAUCAAAUGCGAUCUCACGAUAACGGACGAGAUUGACUCCAUGUUCCGGGCCAUCAAAGAGGAGGUCGGAGGGGUGGACGUGUGUGUAAACAACGCCGGCGUCAAUCUGGCCUCGCCUCUACUUACGGGGGAAAGAGAGGAUUUUAAAACCGUUCUAGAUUUGAAUGUGUUCGCUGUGACAAUCGUCACACAGCUGGCUAUAAAGUCUAUGAGAGAGCGUAAUGUGGAUGAUGGCCAUAUAAUUAACAUCGGCAGCGUAAGUUGCCGUCAGGUACGUGAAGGGACGCUGUCUCACUUCUACGCCGGCUCCAAGUUUGCUCUGCAGGCUCUGACGGAAGGUCUCCGCCAUGAACUGCGAAAUGCCAACACCAGGAUCCGCACCACGAUCAUCAGCCCCAGUUUGACGGACACUCCGUUGGCUAGAGGUUUAAAGGAUCAUGGCUUACCGCCCUUUACUGCUACAGUGAGUCUGAGGGCGGAAGACGUGGCAGAUGCUUUAAUCUAUGCACUUGGCGCUCCUCCUAACGUUAACGUACGUGAAAUAUGUCUGGCAGGUGUAUCUGCUCCAAUGUAAGGCGUAUCGAAGGAAAAAAGUGGUAAAUGGCCAACGGACACAAAAGGUUAUUAUAACGAUACCAUAAAGUUUUUUAAACGGCAUGGUGAUGUCAUAAUGACGUUCUGAAUAUGCUGAGAGUUUUGCCGUAUUUAGAGGUGGACUUAAAUCUCAACACCAUUUUUCAAGGCCAUGUGAAUACUAAGGAUGAAGUGAGCUACGACACGGGAUAAGUGCGCUUUUUUCGCGAUUCUUUUUAGACGGCGGUCAAAUGGGUCACUCUGCUAUAGAGAACUGACCACAUCGUCAGGAAUUAAGUCCUAGUCUGCAACAGAUAGCUUUCAACAUUUUUGUCUUCAAAGAACAUGCCAAUAUUUGAAUAUUAAUGUAAUGACAUUUCCCCCCCGUUUUGAAUAUCGGGACUGCCAGAAACCUCUUGCAAAACUGCUCUGGGUUUGUUCCCCCGACCUGUGGAAUUGCCUUAAGACGCCAGGAGUAAUUUUGGUAUUGCAAUCAUUAAGAUAAAAAACAGCAAACAAAAAUCGUCCGCUGGGACCUCGGGUUUGCAAAAGGUACAUGGAAACGACAUAUUGAAACGCUCUCAAGCUUGCAUCAUUUAAUUUUUUUUUUCACAAAAUUAUUUUUCUUGCCAACUACUGUAUACUUCA